AAAACAUAAUUUUCUUUUUUUCAUUUUCAACUGCGUCAUCAUGCUGUACAAUAUCUAGUUGUGAAAAAUGUUGUUAGUAAUGCUCUUGCGCGCGAGACUCAUAUUUCGGAAUGAAUGUGUUAUGUUCCAACCGGCGUCGUUUUCCACGUGAAGGCGCUUUACCUCGAGCGGAAAACGAUUAAAUAAUCUCAAACUUGUAUUAUCCCUCUGCCCCUCAAAACCCUAAACAGUCGACAGUCCCCCCAAUCAUAAUAAUCAGGCAAUUUUCUUUUUUGGAUUCUGAAAGUUUGAUGCGAUGAAGAGGGCAAUGCCAUGGAAUGAUGACGAGGCAUCAUCUUCUGAUGAAUCUUCAUGUUCAAAUUCGGACUCCGAAGCUGAAGCUGAAGAUGGACCUCCCAACACCAAGUCUAAGAAAUCAUUCCAAGCAAAGUCUGGUAAAAAAAAGAGUGCUGCUUUGGAUUUUGAAGCAUUGAAGCAACAUGGCUAUAAGGGAGGGUUAUCUGUCCUAAAUGUACCUCCUCCAAAAGAGAAGCCAGACUGGUCGUGGUCAACUGGCAAAGAAAGUCGUGAAACCAGGGAGGUUAAAGAAUCUUUUGAAGACAGACAGAAAACAAGAGCUGCAAUAUUGGAUGCUGAGGAGCUGGCUAAUGUACAAACACGGAAAGAGAAACAGAAUGUUUCUUUUUCACAGAAGGAGAAGCGGAAAAGAGAACUUGGUCAGGCUAGUAGGGGGAAGAAUUAUGUUGAAGAAGAGAAGAGGUUGCUCCGGGACAGUGGCAUCUAUUCUGGUUUUGAUACUUGAUCUGUGAGGGUAGCAACGAGCUUUCUCAUCCUGUAUGUGAUUUAGAAGACUAGUCGUAUACAUGAGCUUUCUCAUCAUGUAUGGGUUGUAGAAAACUUACCAUAUAGAACACUCUUGUGCUAGAUACUUGGUUGUAACAUCUAUGUGGUAGUUUUGAGAAAAGCAGGUUCCAUAUUUGUUUUACUUAAAGAUGCUUAAUUAUCUGACAGGGCAUUUUAUAAAAUCAGUGAAUUAACGGCAUGUAUGGUUUGUAUUUGGAUUUAAUGGUUAGCUCAAGUUGGGGAAUUG